CUGUGCGUUCAGCGUAUCUUACGACGCGAUUUCCACGCAUAGUCUGCCAGCGUUAGGCUUAGGCUUUGUGUAUAGUCGGGACCCCGCAACUUUAGCGGCAGAUCAUCCGUAAACUAAGCGACUAUUGGAAGACAGAAUUUGGGGUGCCUGAGUGACAUUUCCAUUUUGAAACCAACACGAGUUAUCAGCUUCAAUCUCCGACAUGCCACACCUGUUCAAAGGGUCGCGGAGAUCGCGCUCGCACGCGCCUUUGUGCAGCUCCCGUUGCAGUCUCCCUCCCGACAUCCACUUGCCUCGUCGUCAGACUACCUCUCCUCCGAUGGCGCAACCAACACCCCGUCAGAUGAAAUCGCGCGUCUAUACGAUUAUUCAGGCAGAUGCUCUGCAGUCGAGCGAAGUCAACAAGCACGGCUGGAGGAGCGAGGUCGAGGGCAAGAUCGUGGAGAUGGACAUCGAUAUCCAGCUAUUUCUAUCCUACUUCAUGCCCAGCGUCGCGGAGAUGCCUCCCUCGCAGGCCGCAGACCCUUUUCAUGUGCCGGUCGGUGGGAAGGAGACAGAUAUGUACAAGCCUUUGUGCGACGGGCUGAAGAACCUAGUCAAGGACUUCCCAAAACAAAAGCGUCUGUCUUUCCACAAUAACGCGCACGAAGAGAUCAAGUUUCCUUUCCUUCUAUGCCAGCGGGACCAGCACGCGACGAAGCCGGACGUCGUCGCGUCUCUCCCUGGUCGCACGUUCGCUCCCCGGAACAAGGAUGACGACCACGAUCGUUGGCGGGACAUCUCCGUUGUAUUCGAAAUCAAGAACGUGGAGAGCGAAGACCCCAUGCUCUACUGCUCGGAGAGGAACGACGAGACAUUGGUGCAGCUAUCGAAGAGUGCGCGCAACAUUCUCGUUUCCCAAAGCCGACUAUGCGCAUUCGCAGUCGGAGUCUACGGGUCGACAGCGCGUAUCUUCCGAUUCGACCAUGCUGGUGCUGUCUGCACACGGUCGUUCAAGUACGGAGAGGACAACGGCGCGGUCCUAUAUGAGUUUCUCUGGCGACUUGUCCAUCCGAUACGCGAGGACUGUGACAUCGUCGGGGCGGACCCGACUGUCCGGUUUGCGUCACGCGGAGUAACUCGGGCCCUGCGCAAAGCUGAUGUCGAGGUCACUUCCGAGACGCGGAAGGCAUGCCGGUGGGUCACCAUCGAUCCCGCUGAAAACCAACCUGCGAAGAAGUAUCUCGUCUACGAGUUGCUCUUUAUCAAUCCGCGCUUGUUCUCCCGGGCAACAACGAUCUGGAAAGCUCUGGAGCUCGACGAUGAUGGCGAGCCGACUGGGACUCACGUUGUGAUCAAGGAAUCAUGGCGUCAGCUGGCACGCGACGCCGAGCUGUUGCACUGGAAGCGCAUUCGUGCGCACGUUGCGCCGCAUCUCCUGCCCACCGACAUGGACAGUGAACAAUGGGACCAGGCCGCGGAGGAAGCGUUCAUGGAGGUAUGGAACGCAGAGUGGCGUGGCUUAGCAGCAUUCUCGUUGGGC